AUGGCGGGCUCCUCCAACACCCCUCUGUCCCGGACCUCCACCCCGCCCACCGACCCUGUCUUCCACUCCGACCCGCCUUAUAGCGCUCCUAACCCGGCCAGCUCCCCACGGCUCCCCGCUGCUCGCUUCUCCGGAGCUUUCCUGAGCGGCGGGAGCGGCAGAGUCCCGGUGGGUGUGAACGGGAUGAGCGGCGGCGGCGGCGGCGGCGGCUGCGCUCCUCACACCGAGUGUAAGAUGGUGGAGGUUCACGGUGUGAAGGUGGCGUCGUUCACGGUGAACGGCGUGGAGCUCAUCUGCCUGCCGCAGGUGUUCGAGCUGUUCCUGAAGCACCUGGUGGGCGGACUGCACACCGUCUACACCAAGCUGAAGCGGCUGGACAUCAGCCCGGUGGUCUGCACCGUGGAGCAGGUCCGCGUCCUGCGGGGACUCGGUGCCAUCCAGCCCGGAGUGAACCGCUGCAAGCUCAUCACCAGGGCCGACUUCGAGACGCUGUACCGGGACUGCACCAACGCCAGCUCUCGACCAGGUCGUCCUCCGAAGAGGACCCUGGGCGUGGCCACGAUGACUGAUGGAUCCAGACUCCUCCCACAUGGUCUGCUAAGCCCCACCCUGCUGGCACAAACAGGUCUAACGGCGGCGGCGAUGGCCGAGGCCCUGAAGCUGCAGAAGAUGAGGAUGAUGAUGGGUUUCCACGGAAACAGUGAUCAGCAGCGACAUCACAACGGAGCCGAGUCUGAGAACGACGACACAGGAGGCAGUGAAGGAUCCUGGGAGAAGGAGCAGCGUCUCCUCCCUCCUCCCUCCUCGGUGGUAGUGCCUCCUGCUGGUUCAGCAUCUCUCCACCUCAACACUCUGCAGCAACACAGCUCCCUUUUGGCCAACCGUCUGUCCGACAUUCCCUUUAUGGUCAUGCCACACCCCUUCCUCCCUGUGGGCCUGCCCCCUGCUAGCGUUGCCAUGGCGAUGAACCAGAUGAGUCAGCUGAGUGGUUUGGCAAACAUGUCCGCCGUGUCGCAGGUCCAGAGAGAAGAGGGCAAGGAUUCUCCUCUGGGAAGCCCCUCCCCCAGCCCCUCCCCUAGUGAUGAUGAGCUCCACCCACCAGAACCAACCAGCCAAUCACCCUCCAGAGCAUCUUCAUCAUCGUCAUCAUCACCUCUUCCUCCUGCACACGCGCCAGCGCUGGAUGACAGCCUUUUGCCCCUCCCCCUCCUCAAACCAAACUAUGAGAAGCUGUCGCUCGGCUCCCAGCCGCUGUCGAUCAACCACCCAAACCCCGCCUUCGCCCCAUUCCUAUUGGCCGAGGGUCUGUCGUCCAUGGAGACGCUGCUGACCAACAUACAGGGUCUCCUCAAGGUGGCGGUGGAGAGCGCUCGUUCUCAUGACAAACAGAACCAACUGGAGAGGAAAGAGUUAAAGCUGGAGCUGGAGCGAGAGAGAGACGCCCGACAGACGCUACAGAGACAGCUGAGCUCUGAACUACAGACCAGAGUGUCGAUCCAGAGGAGGCUGAAGAAGGAGAAGAAGGCGAAGAGGAAGCUGCAGGAGGCGUUAGAUUUCGAGUCGCGGCGGAGAGAGCAGGUGGAGAGAGCGCUCAAACACUCCGACUCCCUCACAGACGCUGUGACUCCUGAGAGUGAACUGGAAAACAAACAGCAGGAAAACUCUGCAGCUCACGAGAACAGAGCAUUCACCAAACCUCCACUCCUCUUCUGAGACAAGAUGGAGGGAUGAAGAGGGGGAAGAGACGAAGCUGAACUCAAACGGGACUGAACCUUCUGAAAAUGAAAAAAGAAAACCAGACGAGGGAUGAUUCACGAACAAGAGGAACCACUCAUAUCCCAUCAGCCACCUCUCUUUCUGCUUCCUGUUUUUACUGAUUUCAUACUAUUAUUAUCAUCAUUAUUAUUAUUGUUGUUGUUAUUGUUGUUGUUGUUGUUGUUAUUAAAGCAAGCGGAGCGUUGUGUGAAUGGACGUGGACGGCGUGGAGGAGCUUCAUUAGCCUAUCACAUGACCACCUGUGAUGUCAUCAGGUGACACACCUUGGAGCUGUGGAGGACUCUUUCUUUCCUUACGGGGUCCGAGUCCCUAGCCCUGCCUCUGCUGGACCUGAACUGGUGGGACGAGACUGAACUGGUUUUAAAAACCGAGUCAAAAACUGAACUUCAAAAACCGUGUUGCUUGUUCCCGCCCAUAGGGGGCGAAGUCAAAUCUGAACUUUAUAAACGCGGAUUUAAAAUUGUAUUCAGAUGUUGUAGUGCUGGUUCUACCCGCAGUAGUACUUGGUUUAGCAAUAGAGGUAGUGUUACUGUUCAUUUAUUGGGAUUCACUGUAAAAAGUAAAUGGCCGCGACGAGCUCUGAGGUUUAACGAUUUCAACCGGUCAAGACUCACAACCAGAGAAUCCUGCUGCCAUCUAGAGGUUAAAAUCUCAGACCUCAUCAGUGGCACCACCCUCCACUACGCUGCGGUGCGACAUCGCAGUUCGGACGUGCUCAGAAGGACGCGGAGCCCAGGUCGAGGCAGAGUAAAGAAGAGAUUAAAAGUCCCUGGAACCCAGAAGUGAUGUCACCAUAUGCUCUGGUGCAGUGUGACAUCACGGUUUGGACAUGCCGGACAGGAAAACGAGCUCUCGCCACGACGAGUUCUGAUCCUUAACGAGCUCUGAGCUUUAACGUCUGAAGAGUUCACAGACUAAAAAUCCAGCUGUUGCUGCCAUCUAAGGUUAGAAAUCUUAGAUCCCAAAAGUGAUGUCACCAUGUACUAUAGUGCGAUGUGACAUCACAGGUUGGGCGUGGUUAGGCCUCAGGCCGUAACUGAUCUCUGUUCCUUGACCUGUUUCGAGACAGUUAGUGUAGAAACAGGCUAAAAGUCCAGCCGUUCAAAUCUAAAACCACACCAGUGAUGUCACCGUAGACUCCGGUGCAGUGUGACAUCGUAGGGUGGGCGUGGUUAAAGGUCAGGGGUAAAACACGCUGAUCUCGUUCUGACACGUAACGAGCUUAACGCGUUGAGACAUCCCAGCCUGAGACGGCACCGUGUAAACCGCUGAUCGCAGACCUGACCUCACGCUCCACGAGGACUGCGACGAAGGUUCCUUAACGAGGCAGCAGUUCCGGUCUUGGCUGUCUUGGAGCUGAUUGGUUGACGGUGUUUGUUCUGUGCAGUUUUAUUAUUGAUAUUAAUGUAAAUACUGAACAAAUCACCAAUUAACGUAUGAGUCGGGUGAUUUCACAAACAUUUCAGAUAAACGGCGUUAAAAAAUCUACAGCAGGACGAGUGGAGUCGCAGACAGCGAUGGAAGAGGUGGAGCUGAUAUUAUUGAUUACUGAUUUUCUAUCGGGUUUAGGAGGGCAAAGUCUUUGUGAUUGACACGUCACGUCCCGGCCUUAAACUUUGUUUCUGGUCCUGAACAAGUCGUUACAGGAACAAGUGUCGAAGGUGAGAAACCCGUGAAAACUUCAUAACAUCAGGUUUCAUCUCUGGUCUGGAAAUCGGGUCAAUCGGGUCUCGAGUCACCGUUGUUGACGUCCGAGUCGAGAGUCAGAUCUUUAGAUUUUAUCGGGUUGAGUCGUAACUCUUCUGAUUCGGGACUCAAGUCCAAGUCAUCCACUCCCUGGUUUCUUCCACUGAGGCAUUAUAAUACAUCAGAACUGCUUCAAGGAGCUCGGGAGAAAAUAUGAGGCUGCAGCAGUUUUACUUAAUUCUCGUCAGGUUUGUUCACAAAUAAAACGUCAGACUCAGAUUUAAACGUUUGAACCUGAAACAGAA